AUGACAAAAUCAACAACAGACAUAUUCAUGAGCAUAAAACCCGAGCACAUACAAAACAUAGCUACAGGUUCCAAAAACCACGAAUACCGCAGCUAUCUCCUCCCACCAAGUAUCCAGCACAUCUGGUUCUACACCACCAGUCCUAUCAAACAAAUUGAAUAUGUCGCCCGUAUCUCUCUGGGUAAAACACCAGGAGAAGUUCCUGACGAUGGGGGUAUCGGAAAUGUGGAGUUCAAUGCCGGUUUGAAAGAAUCCAAGUACGGAUAUGAGAUUCUCGCGCUGUGGAGGUUGAAGGUGUCUGUUAGCUUGGAGGAUGCUCUUGUUAAGGGAUUCUUGAAGGGUGCGCCGCAGAAAUAUUGUUGGGUUUCUUUAGAUUUCUUGGGGAGGGUUCCCUUGGAUGCGCAGGAUUUGUUGUUUUCAAGGAUGGGGGAUGCGGUGCAGGAUGAAGACCAGUAUAAUCUACUAGACUCGACGGGUUAA